CAGUACCCAACUAAAAACCUCUCUCUCUCUCUCUCUCUCUCUCUCUCUCUCUCUCAAAAUCAUGGCCGAUACUAUGAUCGAAGACAUGGCAAUCAAUACCAACCCUACCCGUUCAAAGAAAGGAGGGAGAAGCAGGAAGGCAUUGAAGCCGACAAACCAAUCACCAGAUGAGCCCGUUACGUCCGCCCGAGUUGUCGUGACGCCACCGGAGGACUCUGCCACCGGGAAGGAGAAUCACGAGAGCCUCUCACAGCCCAAGAAAACCAAAUCAAAGAAAAAAUCCGACCUUUCUUCUAAUUUCGAGAAAGAGUUGGAGGAAAUGCAGGAGAAGCUCCAGCAGCUGAGGAUUGAGAAGGAGCAAACGGAGGAGAUGGUGAAGGCCCGAGAUGAGAUACUGAAGCAGAAGGAUGAGGAGAUCAAGAAGUUGCAGAAGAUCAAGGAGUUCAAACCCACCAUGACAUUUCCUAUUGCUCUAUCUGUGGGAGACAAAGAGCUAGAAAAGAAAGAGAAGAAGAAAGGAUGCCCUCAAAUGAAACGGCCAUCUCCACCUUAUAUCCUAUGGUGUAAAGAUCAAUGGAAUGAGAUCAAGAAGGCGAACCCGGAAGCCGAAUUCAAGGACAUCUCAACCAUUUUGGGAACAAAAUGGAAGACCGUAACAGCCGAAGAGAAGAAGCCUUAUGAGGAAAAGUAUCAAGCUGAAAAAGAAGCUUAUUUGAAGGUUGUCGGGAACGAGAAGCGCGAAAACGAAGCGAUGAAGCUGUUGGAGGAAGAGCAGAAACAGAGAACAGCAAUGGAGUUGCUUGAGCAGUAUCUUCAGUUCAAACAAGAAGCCGGAAAGGAGACCAAGAAGAAGAAGAAAGAAAAGGAUCCAUUGAAACCGAAGCAACCGAUGUCAGCGUUUUUCGUUUUUGCCAAUGCGCGACGAGCAGCUCUGGUUGCAGAGAACAAGAGUGUUGUGGAGGUUGCUAAGAUCACUGGGGAGGAAUGGAAGAACAUGACAGAGAAACAGAAAAAGCCUUAUGAAAAGAUAGCAAACAAAAACAAGGAAAAGUAUGCAGAAGAAAUGGAGGCAUAUAAGCAGAAAAAGGAGGAAGAGGCUAUCAAUCUCAAAAAGGAAGAUGAGGAACAUAUGAAAAUUCAGAAGCAAGAGGCCUUACAAUUGCUCAAGAAGAAAGAAAAAGCAGAAAACAUAAUUAAGAAAACGAAAGAGAAUCGCCAAAAGAAGAAGCAGCAGAAGGAAGAGAAAAAUGCUGAUCCAAACAAGCCAAAGAAGCCUGCUUCUUCUUUCAUUCUAUUUAGCAAAGAGACAAGGAAGAACUUAAUGGAAGAGAGGCCAGGAAUUAAUAACUCUACCCUUAAUGCCCUUAUUUCAGUGAAAUGGAAGGAAUUGAGUGAGCAAGAUAAAUUAACAUGGAAUGAAAAGGCUGCAAAGGCCAUGGAGGCAUACAAGAAGGAAUUGGAAGAGUACAACAAAAUUGCAGAAGUGAAGGAAAACAGGAAAUCUUGAACUGAACCCCUCUGUAGAGAUGUUCAACUGGUUCUGUUGAAUAUCUCCGUUGACCGGCAUUGUUGAACUAGUGUUAGUUUGCCAGCCUCUUAUCUUAGUUAUUCGGAACUAGUUUCUGCUAAUUUCUUAGGUCGUCUUUUUUCCAUUUGUAGUCUGGAAUUCGUAUUGAUGUCAUUUCAUUAAGAUUC